AUGGCUUCGUUUCACUGCUUCGAUUUUGACGUGUUAGGUCAAACGGUUUCUCUCCCGGUGCCUUUGCUCGUAAAUGUGGUCAUUUCAGUCGGGGCUUACUUUGCCGGGGUCAGUUUGAUUCCGAAGAUGAAGCCAAUGUUCAUAAAUGCAAACCUGUACGGAAUUGAUAUGAAUAAAAAAGCGAAGCCAAAGAUCCCUGAAGCGUUCGGUGUCGUGACGGGGUGCAUAUUUUUAGUGUCCCUAUUUCUCUUUAUACCAGUGCCAUUUUUGAGGAAUUUUUCCACCACCAUCCAGGGUGAUUUCCCGCACGAUAAGUUUGUAGAAUUUAUCGCCGCCAUGCUCUCGAUUUGCUGCAUGAUUUUGUUGGGGUUCGCCGACGACGUAUUGAAUUUGCGGUGGCGCGAUAAGCUUUAUCUUCCGACGAUCGCCUCACUGCCUCUACUGAUGGUGUACUACACCAACUUCAACUCGACCACGGUAAUACUGCCGAAGCUUGUGCGUCCCCUGUUCGGCCCGUCGCUCGAUAUAGGCAUGUUGUACUACGUGUUCAUGGGAAUGCUGGCCGUGUUCUGCACGAACGCAAUCAACAUUCUAGCCGGUAUCAAUGGGCUCGAGGUUUGCCAGUCACUCAUCAUUGCAACCUCGAUAGUGGUGUUCAAUGUCGUGGAAAUGUUGAGUGGACAUCACAGUGACACCCACGAAUUUUCGUUGUACAUAAUGCUGCCUUACAUCGGUGCUACAUUAGCGUUGUGGCGAUUCAACAGAUAUCCUUCGGAGGUGUUUGUUGGUGAUACGUUCAACUACCUAUCCGGCAUGACAUUCGCCGUGGUCGGCAUUUUGGGUCACUUUAGCAAAACCGUACUGCUGUUCUUCAUUCCGCAGGUGCUCAAUUUUCUUUACUCGGUCCCGCAGCUGUUCCGGUUUAUCCCUUGCCCACGCCAUCGUAUGCCAAAACACGAUCCAACGACAGAUCUGCUGCACUUUAGCCGCACGCAGUUCCGUGUGGAUGAGCUAAACGUGAUAGGUCGGCUUUGCUACCACCUGCUUCGCCAGCUACGGCUUAUCCGAUGCGAGAUGGACGCAGACGGGCAGACAGUCACAUGCAACAACUUCACGAUCAUCAACUUUUGCAUCCUUCUGACCGGACCGAUUCGGGAGGAUCGCCUGAAUCGAUUGCUGAUCGCUUUCCAGCUCACUUGUGCGGUAUUCGCGUUCACAAUACGCUAUCCACUGGCGCAUUACUUUUACGAUGCCAACUGAUGCUUCAUUUCAUUAUGCUUCUUAUGGCAAACAAAAAAUGA